AUGAGUGACGGGGGCUGGAUCUCGCUCAGCCCGGCCGAGUUCGCCCAGCUCCAGCAGUACACCGACUACUCUACCAAGAAGCUCAAGGAUGUCCUGGAGGAGUUCCACGGGGAUGGCGUCCUCUCGAGGUACAACCCCGAACAGCCCAUUGACUACGAGGGCUUUCGCCUCUUCAUGAAGACCUACCUGGAGGUGGAGGUGCCCGAGGAGCUUUGCCAGCACCUCUUCACGUCCUUCAAGCGGAAGAUAUGCCAGGCAUCCCCCGAGGCCCAGCGCCAGAGCACCGGCGUCCCUCAGUUUGAGCCAAAGUCACUUGAUGCUGGCAUCUCCAUCCAAACCGAGGUGGCCUGUGCCCCUGUCACAGGGAUCAACGGGAAAACGCUGCUGAGUGCCCUCGGGCGGCACGCGGCUGAGCCCAAGGGCUGCCACGGCAGCACGGCCGAGCCACCACCGGCGUCCCUGAGCCCAGCAUCCAUCACCAACGCCUCGCCCAGCUGGUCCCGGUCAUCCUCCCAGAAGUCCACCACUGGCACCCCCUCUGCUCACAACUCCUCAGGGUCUUCAAAGGUCUCCUCAGGUUCCCUGCUCAGCCCACAGUCGCCAGGCUCAAGGGGCUCGGAGAAGAGGUUGCCCUUCAGCCUCCGGAAAAGCCACAGUGCCCUGAAAGCUGCCCCCCCACACUCCCCAGCCUCCCUGGCUCAGGUGGUCUACUUGAAGGACAUCGUCUGCUACCUGUCCCUGCUGGAGAGGGGACGGGCGGAGGACAAGCUGGAAUUUAUGUUUCGCCUCUAUGACACCGACGGGAAUGGCAUCCUGGACAGCUCGGAGCUGGACCGUAUCAUCAACCAGAUGGUGCACGUGGCCGAGUACCUGGAGUGGGACUCCACCGAACUGAAGCCCAUCCUGAAGGAAAUGAUGGAGGAGAUCGACUACGACCACGACGGGAAUGUGACGCUGGAGGAGUGGAUCCGGGGCGGCAUGACCACCAUCCCCUUGCUGGUUCUGCUGGGCAUGGAGACGAACGUGAAGGACGACGGGCAGCACGCUUGGAGGCUGAAGCACUUCAAGAAGCCUGCGUACUGCAACUUCUGCCGCACCAUGCUGCUGGGCGUCCGCAAGCAGGGCCUCUGCUGCUCCUUCUGCAAAUACACCGUCCACGAGAGGUGCGUGUCCAAAGAGAUCGCCUCCUGCAUCAGCACCUACGCCAAGUCCAAGAGAAACACCAAUGUGAUGCAGCACACCUGGAUCGAGGGCAAUUCCCCCGUCAAGUGUGACCGGUGCCACAAGAGCAUCAAGUGCUACCAGGGCAUCACUGGCCUGCACUGCGUCUGGUGCCAAGUCACUCUUCACAACAAAUGCGCCUCUCACGUGAAGCCGGAAUGCGACGGGGGCCCGCUGCGGGACCACAUCCUGCUGCCUUCCUACAUCUGCCCGGCGGUCCUGGAGCGGCAGUCCCACUGCCGGAGGUCUGAGAGCGACUCCCCGGCCAGCACCAGCCCUGAGGACAGCCAGAGCUUCAAGUUCAACGCCACCACGGCGGACGGGCAAGGUCUGCAGAUCAGCCCCAGGCCCGGGACGCACCCCCUGCUGGUGUUUGUGAACCCCAAGAGCGGAGGAAGGCAAGGGGAGCGGGUCCUCCGAAAGUUUCACUACCUGCUCAACCCACGGCAGGUGUACAACCUGGACCGUGGCGGGCCCACUCCCGGGCUGAGCUUUUUCCGGGACACUCCGGAUUUCCGCAUCCUGGCUUGCGGAGGGGAUGGCACCGUGGGCUGGAUCCUGGACUGCAUAGACAAGGCGAACCUGCUGAAGCACCCGCCAGUGGCUGUCCUGCCCCUGGGGACAGGCAAUGACCUGGCCAGGUGCCUGCGCUGGGGAGGAGGCUACGAAGGAGGCAGCCUGAUGAAGGUCUUGAAGGACAUCGAGCACAGCACUGAGGUGAUGCUCGACCGCUGGCAGAUAGACGUGAUUCCCAGCGACAAGGAGGCCAACGGAGACCCUGUCCCGUACAGCAUCAUCAACAACUACUUCUCUAUUGGGGUGGAUGCCUCCAUUGCCCACCGCUUCCACGUCAUGCGAGAAAAGCACCCUGAGAAAUUCAACAGCAGGAUGAAGAACAAGCUGUGGUACUUCGAGUUCGGCACGUCAGAAACUUUCGCUGCCACCUGCAAGAAGCUCCACGACUAUGUCGAGGUGGAGUGCGACGGGACCCUGCUGGACCUGAGCACCACUUCCCUGGAGGGCAUCGCCGUCCUCAACAUCCCGAGCAUGUACGGCGGCUCCAACCUCUGGGGCGAGACCAAGAAGCAGCGCGGCUACAACCGGGUGAGCAAGAAGGCGCCGGAGAAGCUGCACGCCACGGUGGUCACCGACGCCAAGGAGCUCAAGUUCUGCGCGCAGGACCUCAGCGACCACCUGCUGGAGGUGGUAGGGCUGGAGGGCGCGAUGGAGAUGGGACAGAUCUACACGGGGCUGAAGAGCGCAGGAAGGAGGUUGGCCCAGUGCUCGUCUGUCACCAUCAGGACCUCCAAGCUGCUGCCCAUGCAGGUGGACGGCGAGCCCUGGAUGCAGCCCCCCUGCACCGUCAAAAUUACACAUAAAAGCCAAGUGCCAAUGCUGCUGGGCCCUCCCCAGAAGAGCAGCUUCUUUUUCCUGAAGAGGAGAAACCGAACUCGAGAUUAACCCGUG